UGAGGACGACACAACAGUCUCACAUCAACACAACUCACACUUGUAUUUCAGGGAUGGACACAUCUGGUCAUCCCAGGCGCUGGUGACGGGCUCGUGUGAAGGCGAUACUGAAGUGAUUGAUGGUCCAUCUUCCCUCUGCUCUGUGGGUUACAGCUAGCCUCACACAUGUAGGAUGGCGGCAGAGUUCAUCAAGAGCUGCUGUAAAGGAUGCUUCCAGAGCGAAAGUAAGAACGCCUUGCCUGAUGCAGGAAGUACUGAUGGAACCAGGAAAGGAUCUCACAUCGUGGACCUUCCCCCAAUGUCGUCAGUUUCCAUUACAAGGCAGGUGGGGUGCACAGAGGAUUAUUUGAUGUCCAAGCUGCCCCCGGAUGGAAAAGAUGUGCCAUUUGUUGUACCGACAUUUAAACCCUCCUAUAUUCAGCCGAGAACAGUGACCAGCCCAACACUCAUGGAGGGUGUGAAAGGAUCUGCAAGGACCACAUUCACCGACAGGAAGACUGAACUUUCCACUAUGUAUCAACAAGGACCAAAUUACGAUGUGGUUUAUAAUCCGGGGUACGUCCUGCAGCACAUCUCGCCUGACCUAAACCGACGGGCAACACUCAACCAGAGUAACGCCAGGCUGUACGGUUCAGUCUGUGACCUGAGAAACGUCAAACAAAGUGACUCUCCUGGUCUGAGCAACUCUCUUUAUGACCUCAGCAGCUAUAUUCAGAGAUAUGAUUCUGUUUCCAGUAUUCGAAGCAGCAAUUCCUCAAGGAAGGACUCGCAAGGCAGCAACCGCAGUCUAGACACAAUAACCUUGUCGGGGGACGAGCGAGAGUUUGGAAGGUUACAUUUCAGACUGCGGUACGUCACGGCAGUGGAGCAAAUCUGGAUUACAGUAUUACAACUGAAGGAUCUGUACUGGCCGGCGAGCUGCGGGCAUUCCCCAAGUAUCUACAUUAAAGGAAUUAUUACCCUACCCAAACCCAUCCAGUUUAAAUCCUCUGCUAAGGAAGCCGCUCUGGAUGUGGAAUUCAUGGAAACCUUUGUAUUUGCCAUCAAGUUACAAAGUCUCCAGAAAGUGCGGCUAGUGUUUAAGGUCUCGAGCCUGACUCCACGCAAGAGGACCAUCAGCAAGUGCUCAAUAUCCCUGCGGGACCUGAGUGAGGAGGAGGUGGAGCAUGGUCUGGAUGUGUCGCCAUCUUCAAAAGUCUCGGCCUGUCAAGCGGAGCUCCUGAUCGGGACGUGUUUCCAGGCAAUAAAUAGCAGGAUUCAGUUACAAAUCCUCAAGGCUCAAAACCUGCCAAGCUCAUCCACGCCACUCUCCAUAAAUUUCUAUGUCAAGGCCGAGAUGUUCAGCACGGAAGGACUGCUCUACAAGAAGAAAACGCGACCGUUAAAGUUAUCCAAUUCCCAGGUGAACUGGGGUGAGACCAUGAUUUUCCCAGUCACGCAGAAAGAGGAGGGAAUCAACUUCCUUAUCAAGCUGUACAGUCGCAGCUCAGUCCGACGGAAGCAUUUUAUCGGACAGGUGUGGAUCAGCAGUGACAGUAACAGCAGCGAGGCCGCAGAUCAAUGGACGGACACAAUUAGUCACCCAGAGAAAGUGGUGACAAAGUGGCAUAAACUGAACCCCCUGAGUUACUGAACCCCCAUCAUUCUGGGCAAUGCCAGGUGUUACUUGUACAUAAAGACUGGAUGAUGGAUUGAGUCAUGCCCACCUACAUAUCACCUAGGAUCUUACCUGGACUCAGCAGGAUAUACAGACAAGGAGGCUGUCCACGCUACACCGGUGAGGCGUAAGGCACCGCAGUGAAUACCUCAUUUUGAUAUAGUAGCUUUGCCAAUUAGGAUUAAGGCAAACUGAGCGACAUCCCCUGUGAAAGCAGAAAUGGAGGACAUAUUCAUUGUCACCCAGUUUUAGCAAAAACAGAUAAAAACAAAGUAACAGAAUUAAUACAGUUUGUAAGAACGUGAUCGUAGAUGGACAAGGGAGGGAUAUUUUGGAGGAAAUGCCUUUAAGAAGAUGUGAUACCAGGAAAGAAACAUUUGUAAAUAUGUCACAACUGGAUGGGAAUUGGAUUCUGUAUGUAAAAGUGAAUGUCUAUGUGUUUAGUAUAAACAUUAUUAUCUUGUAAUUUUUAAGCUUCCAGGGGGACAAUGGCGGACACUGUUCCUCCAAAAGGCCUGAACUCCAUUGUCCACUUCAGUUCUUAUUCUGUGUAUAAGGACACUGCACAGUACCACUUCUUCUGUCCUGUAUACUGGCUGUAAUCCUCAGUAUCUGCUGUUAUUCUGUAUAUAUACACACUGCACCUUACCACUUCUCCUCUCCUCUAUACUG